UCCUCCUCCUCGUCCUCAGCCAACCAACGGCCGCUCCUUCGCUCGCCCGCUCCCCAGGGCCGCCCGCGCCGGGUUCCGCGUCUCCGUGGAGACCAGCCAAGCGUUGGCCGCGAUGGAGGCGGACAGCCAGGAGGAGCCCCGCGGGAUCCCGGCGGAGACGGCCCCCUGUCCUGCGGAGAGGCCGCCGGAGCCCGAGGCAGACCGCAGACCGCAGAGACGCACCCGGUGGCUGCCGCCCUGCCAUGGCGUGCCCGGGCCGUACCUGGGGGAGCUGCCGGCCGCCGAUCUGGAGCCGCCCCUGCCCUGCGUCCCGGAGGCGCCGAGGGAGCCGCCCGCCCGCGGCCAGUGCCUAAUGCACAACUGGCAGGAAGAGAGAGCCACCAAUGAUCUGGACCAUGUGCCGAGACCCGAGUAUGGCACCGAGGGCUUUUUCUACCGGCAUGGCCAUCCUGGCCUCCUUACCCUUGACUUCCUGGCUGGCACCCCCCACCACCACGAUGAAGGACUCCUAUCCUCGACCCGUGAAAACGGGGCUCCCUGUGCGAGGGAAACGAGAGGCCAUGAUGGAGCAUCUCCUGUACCAGAAACACAGGUAAAGACCAUGAGCUUCUCCCCCCCCCCCGCCCGCCACUUAGCACCCAGGCAUUGCUGUGGGCCGUCAAGGUGGUUUGGGGAGCAGGUUGACCCCCUCGUCCCUGAGGCAGCCUCACAGGUAUUGGAAGGCUGCUAUCGUAUCCACCCUGGUCCAUUAAGCACCAGCCUCUUGGCGGGCGACACCCACCCUCCGCCUGAGCCCAUGGAGUCCCUCUCCAUCACCCACCGGGACUACAGGCAGGAGGGCUUCCAUUCUGCCCCCCUGCCCCCCACCCAGCCCCACGACUACCGGCUGGAACAACCACAGACCUUCUGGCUUGAACAUGCCCGGCAGGUGCCGGGCACCUCCAGCAUCCGGACUGGCGACACCCCUUUCAGGAAGUGUGCGACGUUCACCACCCCCCUCCCGGAAUGCCUCGACCAGCCGUCGCUGUACAGCCCAGAAAACUGCCCCAAUCUGUGA